CAGUUAGAUCCGUUUCUUCAUAUCUAUUUCUUUAGCUGUUGAACAGUGUUCAAUGAAACAUUUUCAUUCAGCCUAACGACACAAUCUAUUUCCGUUUGUAAACGUAAAUAUAUACAUGUAUAUGUUCACCGCGAUGUGCGUAAAAUAUAAACGUCUUUGGACCGUAAACAUUCUUUUUACACAACUACUUAAAAAAUAAAAAUAUAUAGAAUGACUAUCGGAUUACCGUAUAUAGCUGUUUAGUGUUUACCCACGGGUGUUAUAAAAAAAACUAGAUCACAGGAUAUUUUUGUUAUUAUUUGUUUUAUAUAAGACGGAUACUUGCUAGUAGAUAACCGAUUGUGACACAUGUUAACUGCUUCCCAAUGUUCAUCCAAAUCAUCUACAAGAUAUUAUUCACAUGGCUGGUGGCAAGAUGUUCUGGUGGACUUUUAGACCCAUCCCUCUUCAAACAUGUACUUGACGAUGUUGCAAACAACGGCCUUGGUGUUAGCCAAAUACAAGACCAUUUCAACUCUCUCACAUACACGGACACCACUGUGGAUGGGUCGAGCCUAGCAACGGAGAUAUCAUCCUCAUUGAGCAGUAAAUUUAAUGGUCCAAUCCAAGCAUUGAAUAAUCUGAAAACGGCUAUAGAAGACGAGAUUGGAAAUUUCCGAACGUCUACGAGCAUUGUCGAGUGUUGCCAAGCAAGAGGGACGACUUACAACAGUCGUUUUCGAAGCACGGUAAACAUGAAUGAGGCAUGCAUAACUAAAUCCGAAAACUCGCCUAGUUCUAUCCGGUAUCCAAACAACCGGAUCGUGGAGGUAAUGAAGAAGAAUUACCAAGAAAAUCCGGAAUUAAAGUGGCAGUAUUUAGGCACUGAGGAUGGAAUACUCCUGAAUUACCCAUCAUUUAAAUUUUCAACUUGUAGAGACUACGAUCCUAGAUUUAGGUAAUUCUUUCACGAAAUGGCGGCAUAUAUAUUCGUU